ACGAGGAACGUUGUUUCAUUUUGAUCUCCACAAUAAAAUCAACCUGAACCUCAAAUGUCUUCUGGACGUUGGACUUCUUUCCUGAGUUACAAUCCGACUGAAAUGCUGCAUCAGUGAACUUUAGAUAUCUACAGUUUGCAGACGGGUGUAACCAAGAUGUGGUGACGUGCAAGAGCUCCAUUUCCUGUUCACUGCAGAGACACAUGUUGUUCAGAUCAGAAGUCAAAACAGAGUCGAUUCUGAAGAAGUGAAACUCAAACAGUCGUUGUCAUUGAGAGGUGAAAAUGGCGCAGAAAGGAGUUCAGCUGGACCGGGAGAGCUUCUCUUGUUCCAUCUGUCUGGAUCUCCUGAAGGAUCCGGUGACUAUUCACUGUGGACACAGCUACUGCAUGAACUGUAUUAAAACCCACUGGGAUGAAGAGGAUGGGAAAAAACUCCACAGUUGUCCUCAGUGUAGGCAGACCUUCACACCGAGGCCUGUCCUGGGGAAAAACACCAUGUUGUCAGAUUUAGUGGAGCAACUGAAGAAAACUGGACUCCAAGCUGCUCCUGCUGAUCACUGCUAUGCUGGACCUGAAGAUGCAGCCUGUGAUGUCUGCACUGGGAGGAAACUGAAAGCUUUCAAGUCCUGUCUGGUGUGUCUAGUCUCUUACUGUGAGAAACACCUUCAGCCUCAUUAUGAUGUACCUCAAUUAAGAAAACACAAGCUGGUGGACCCCUCCAACAAGCUCCAGGAGAACAUCUGCUCUCGUCAUAAUGAGGUGAUGAAGAUUUUCUGUCAUACUGAUCAGCAGUGUAUCUGUUAUCUCUGCUUAAUGGAUGAACAUAAAGGACACGCCACAGUCUCAGCUGCAGCAGAAAGGACUGAGAGGCAGAGAGAGCUGGAGGUGAGUCGACUAAACAUCCAGCAGAGAAUCCAGGACAGAGAGAAAGACGUGAAGCUGCUUCAACAGGAGGUGAAGGCUAUCAACCGCUCUGCUGAUAAAACAGUGGAGAACAGCGAGAAGAUCUUCACCGAGCUGAUCCGUCUCAUGGAGAAAAGAAGCUCCGAUGUGAAGCAGCAGGUCAAAUCCCAGCAGAGAACUGAAGUGAGUCGAGUCAAAAAAUUUCAGGAGAAGCUGGAGCAGGAGAUCACUGAGCUGAAGAGGAACGACGCUGAGCUGCAGCAGCUCUCACACACAGAGGACCACAACCAGUUUCUACACAACUGCCCCUCACUGUCACCACUCAGUGAGUCUACAGACUCAUCCAGCAUCAACAUCCGUCCUCUGCUCUACUUUGAGGAGGUGACAGCGGCUGUGUCAGAAGUCAGAGAUAAACUACAGGACGUCCUGAGAGAGAAAUGGACAAACGUCUCACUGACGGUGACUGAAGUGGAUGUUUUACUGUCACAACCAGAACCAAACACCAGAGCUGGAUUCUUAAAGUAUUCACGUGAAAUCACACUGGCCAACACAGUAAACACACGUCUGUUAUUAACUGAGGGGAACAGAAAAGCAACAUUAAUGAGUCGAAAACAGUCUUAUUCUAGUCACCCAGACAGAUUCACUGUAUGUUGGCAGGUCCUGAGUAGAGGGAAUCUGACUGGACGUUGUUACUGGGAGGUGGAGUGGAGAGGAGGAGGAGUUGAAGUAGCAGUCGCAUACAAGAAUAUCAGCAGAAAAGGGCACUGGGAUGAAUAUAUAUUUGGAUACAAUGACAAAUCUUGGGCAUUAAGAUGUGAAAAUAACAGUUAUGACUUUCGGUACAACAAAGUCCAAACUCCCGUCUCUGGUCCUCGGUCCUCCAGAGUAGGAGUGUACCUGGAUCACAGUGCAGGUGUUCUGUCCUUCUACAGCGUCUCUAAAACCAUGACUCUCCUCCACAGAGUCCAGACCACAUUCACUCAGCCUCUCUACGCUGGACUUUGCAUUUUUAAUUCCUCAGGAGACACUGCUGAGUUCUGUAAACUCAAAUAGACUGAAGUCAUUUAAGGGUUAAAUUCUGUGUCUUAACUCUUAAUCUCAUUUAGUCUCCAUGUUUGUUGCUGAGAGCUGAUUGUUGUGGCGUUUCUUCACUGCACAGAGAUCAGCUGUCAGUCAAACAUUCUGGUGGUACUUUGACAUCUUCUCAUUAGUUCUUCUGUAAAUGUUUGACUUUCUUUAUGUGGCUCUCCUUCCUGUUUCUGUUUAGCCAUGGAGGCUAUCACUGCUCAUGAUGAUGUCUGUUUACCUGAACUCACAUUUCUCUGCAUGAAUGUGUAAACUUCUCUGUGCUCUAAAUUUCUGAUGAAUAUUUGUAUAGCAACAAACCUUUAUUUGUUGUAGAUAUUUUUGUUGAUUUUGUUUUCUCUGCACAACAUUGUAAACUUCUCUGUGCUCUCAAUGUUUAAUAUCUGUAUUGAUCCUUUUUUAUAGGUCUUAAGAGAGAAAUCACAAGUUUUAUUGAUGACAUGUUCUUAUGCCACCUUGUAUAUUUCUAAAGAAAUGUAUAAUUUACAUUUAUUUAAAUGUUUAUUCAUUAUGCUCUUUUUCAUAGCUGAGAUUUAUUUCAAAGAUACUAAUCGUGUUGAUGAAGUGAAUCUGUACAUGACAUCAUUGAGCAUGAGUCAUUUAACAGUUUAAUGAUGAGAUGUGUGAACAAACUGAAAGUUUACAUGAUGAAUAAACAAACAUGAACAAAGUAUUUUCUUCUUGUCUUCAUUCCAGGGUUUAUUACAAAACUGAUGUAGAAAAUCUGAAUCUAAUAGAAGAGUACA